AUGGCCACCAUCCAGUCCGAGACCGACUGCUAUGACAUCAUUGAGGUGCUAGGCAAGGGCACCUUCGGGGAGGUGGCCAAGGGCUGGCGGCGAAGCACGGGGGAGAUGGUGGCCAUCAAGAUCCUCAAGAACGAUGCCUACCGCAACCGCAUCAUCAAGAAUGAGCUUAAGCUUCUGCGCUGCAUGAGAGGCCUGGACCCAGAGGAGGCCCACGUCAUCCGCUUCCUCGAGUUCUUCCAUGAUGCCCUCAAAUUCUACCUGGUCUUCGAGCUGCUGGAGCAAAACCUCUUCGAAUUCCAGAAGGAGAACAACUUCGCACCCCUCCCUGCCCGCCACAUCCGCACGGUCACCCUGCAGGUGCUCAGAGCCCUGGCCCGGCUCAAGGAGCUGGCGAUUAUCCAUGCCGAUCUCAAGCCCGAGAACAUCAUGCUGGUGGACCAGACCCGCUGCCCCUUUAGGGUCAAGGUGAUUGACUUCGGCUCAGCCAGCAUUUUCAGCGAGGUGCGCUACGUGAAAGAGCCAUACAUCCAGUCGCGCUUCUACCGGGCCCCCGAGAUUCUGCUGGGGCUGCCCUUCUGUGAGAAGGUGGACGUGUGGUCCCUGGGCUGUGUCAUGGCCGAGCUGCACCUGGGCUGGCCCCUCUACCCGGGCAACAACGAGUACGACCAGGUGCGCUACAUCUGUGAGACCCAGGGCUUGCCCAAGCCCCACCUGCUGCACGCCGCCCGCAAGGCCCACCACUUCUUCAAGCGCAACCCUCACCCCGAUGCCAGCAACCCCUGGCAGCUCAAGUCCUCGGCCGACUACCUGGCUGAGACCAAGGUGCGGCCCCUGGAGCGCCGCAAGUACAUGCUCAAAUCGCUGGACCAGAUCGAGACGGUGAAUGGCGGUGGGGCGGCCGCCCGGCUGACGUUCCCGGACCGUGAGGCGCUGGCGGAGCGUGCUGACCUCAAGAGCAUGGUGGAGCUGAUCAAGCGCAUGCUGACGUGGGAGUCGCACGAACGCAUCAGCCCCAGCGCAGCCCUGCGCCACCCCUUCGUGUCCAUGCAGCAGCUGCGCAGCGCCCACGAGACCACCCGCUACUACCAGCUCUCGCUGCGCGGCCGCCGCCUCUCCCUGCAGGCGGAGGGCAAGACGCCCGCGCCGGUGGUGGCCGCUGCGGAAGACGGGCCUCCCUACUACCGUCUGGCCGAGGAGGAGGAGGCCGUGGGCCUGGGCAGCGUGGUGGGCAGCGGGCCCUUCUUCUGCGAGGAGAAGGCACCGGGCAUGCAAAGGGCCAUCGACCAGCUGGAUGACCUGAGUCUGCAGGAGGUGGGGCGUGGGCUGUGGGGGGAGACCCGAGCCGAUGUGGUUCCCGACAUGCUGGCCCCACUGAAGGCAGCCGCCGCUGGCCGCCGGGCGCCCGACUCGGGCCCUGAGCCCAUCCUGGCCUUCUAUGGCAGCCGCCUGGCAGGCCGCCACAAGGCCCGCAAGCCCCCCGCAGGCUCCAAAUCGGACUCUAACUUCAGUAACCUCAUCCGGCUGAGCCAGGCUUCGCCUGACGACGUUGCACCGUGCCAAGGCAGCGGCUGGGCAGAAGGAGAGCGCCGCGGGGCCUCUGCCGAGCCGCCUGCCAUCCUGCAGCGGGAUGGGGAUGGACCAGACAUCGAGGAUAUGACCAUGGAUGCUGACAGGCCGGGCCCUGAGCUCUUCGACCCCAGCAGCUGCCCUGGGGAAUGGCUGAGUGAGCCAGACUGGACCCUGGAGGGUGUCAGGGGGCCCCUGGCUCAGGCGCUCCCACCCCGCCACGUUCACCCGCAUGGUGCACCCCAGACCACCAGCUUCCUGCAGCACGUCGGUGGGCACCACUGAUGGUGACCCCACCCCUGCCCAUCACCGGGGGCUGCACUAGCUGGGCUGGGAUCCCCUCCUUAGAGCCACUUCCUGAACCCACAGAUUAUUCUUACAGAAAGAUAGUUAUCCAGAAAUUCCCCAUUACCCUCGCCCAUGGUGCAUGCAUGCCAGCACACACACGUCGAACACAGGAGGGCCUUGGGGUCUGGCCCGUGGCCCCCUGGGCCAAAGGGACACAGGAAGGGGGCUGUACCCCGCUGGCCCCGCGCAUGCCCUUGGCCCCGCUGCCUCUGCCUAUUUCAAUAAAGAACUGUUCAGCAGCCCUGCGUGAAGCCUGGCCUGGUGCCAGGGUGGGGUUCAGGCCGGUGGCCAGGGCCCUGCUCUCUGAUCUGCGCCCAGUCGGCUACCAGCUCAGGCUGGAGGCUGGGCUGCUGUCGCACUGGGAAGGGACAGGCUGCGCUCGCUCGCUGACCCACCCCCUAAAUAUGCUACGUGCUUGGCACGGGAGAAUCCACCCUCAGAUCAUUCCCGGUGUUCAGCAGCUGCCAACCCAAGCUCGCCAAAUGCCCAGGUCUCAUCUGUUGACCUGCCCUUGCCACGUGCACAGGCUUGGCAUGCACUCACCCAUGCUCGGGUCACGCUAAGUGUCAAUUCACUUGGCAGGCAGAAAUUCACGCUCGGUGCACACUCCAGUGUUCAGACAUGCGAGCCCACCCUGGGGGACACGGUGACGGGUCAGCGUGUGCCCGUCUGGCCGGGAGUCUGGGAACGCCACGCCGAGUGUGCAGCAGCGUGGGGCUGGCCACGUGGGAGUCAGCUCGUGCCAGUCCACAUGGUUACACGCUACAUGCUCAGCACGUACUGGUUCAUGUGCAUUGCACACCGAGAGCCCAGCACGUGCCAAAUACAUGCUAAAGACACAGCACGUGCUGUGGGUUCAGGAUUUGCCAAGCCACACCGCUGACAUGCUGAGGGCUCAGCAAGCACUACGUCUCCAG